UUGUCUUUUGUUAAAGAAAGAUAAGAAGGACAUUCAUUUUCCCGCGCUUUUUUUUUAUUUUUCAUUUGGAAAGAAGUUUAAAUCAAAAAGUUUUCUCCCGUACGUAACUUACACGUAAAUAGAUCGUAACCGACGUGAUACACGCUCUGGUGUCUGCCAAUGAUAGAGGCAAUAAAAUAAAAGAAAACAAAAAAAAAACAAAAUAAAUAGAAAUAUACGUUCCAACGUAAUCGAGCGUUAACAUUGGAAUCGGAAGAAAAAGAAAAAGAAAAAGAAAAAGAAAAAAAAAACAGAGAAAGAAAAAGAAAAGAAAAAAAGAAGAACAGAAAUUAUUUCGUGCCUUACUAUACUGCAAAAAAAAAGAAAAGAAAAAAGAAAUUUUAUUUCCCCUUUAUAUUUAUCUUUCGCUUUUCUAUUCUCUUCUUUCCUUUCCAUUUUUUUUCCCUUCUCAAUCGGAUUUAAUAGAAGUGAAGAUAAAAGAGAGAGAGAGAUAGAAAGAGAUAGAAAGAGAGAGAGAGAGAGAGAGAGAGAGAGAGAGGGAGAGAGAGGCAUCAUGAAGAAUUUAAAGUCGAGGAGAGAGAAAGAGAGAGACGGAUUCUCUUUGUUUCUAAUCACUAGGUAAACUGUGAACUAACGUGUCUAAAAAACGUGACAAGAGUAAACAAGACGGAAUAAGAGGAAGAAAGAGAAGAAAGAAAGAAGAAAAAGAAGAAAAAGUAGAAGAAGAGGAAGAAGGAGAAGAAAAGGAACAAAAGCAACGACUGUAAUGUUCCAGAUUGUGAAACUUUCCGUUAAAUUGCCAUUGAAUAAAAAACGGAAAUGCGAUCGAGAAGACCUUAAUCGAGAUUUCACGAUCUCCUAAUAAUCGUUCAUUCGAGGUUUCACGUUGUAUCAGUUGAAAAAAAUUACGGGAAAAUUAUCAAACAUUAAAGUGAUCUCGCGUGUUUUCUAAUUAUACUACAAGAACUAAUACAAGUGGACAGAGGGAAGAGGAAAGCGAUAGAAAAUCUCCGAGAUAAUAAAAACAAAAAAAAAAAGAACAAAAAAAAGAAAAAAAGAAAAAAAAAGGGAAAAAAAAGUGAAGAAGAUCGAAUUUUCUCGGUCGAUAAAAAAUUCCAAAUUUAAAGUUCGAUUUUUCCGCGUAUAAGGAAAAUUUUUCUCGAUAACGAAGAACUUAAAAUAAAUUGAUCGUUUAAAUUAAUAAUAUAAUAUAAAGAAAAAAUGAAUACCAACGUUACGAACGUUUCGGAUUAUGAGACUGGUUAUGAGUGCGGUAAAAAAUGGGAUUCGUUUCGUUCUAAUUAUGCACAGGUGCAUGGUUGGGCAAGUCUAUUAGUUUGCAUAUUUGGUUGCAUAGCGAACAGUUUGAAUAUAGCAGUACUUACAAGACGUGAUAUGAGAUCACCUACCAAUAUGAUAUUGACUGGUUUAGCGGUUGCUGAUUUAUUGGUUAUGAUAGAAUACAUACCAUAUGCUAUACAUCUUUAUCUUUAUCGUCGUCCAAGAAGGGACACAUUUACGUACGGCUGGGCCGUAUUCGUUUUAUUCCAUUCGAAUUUUGCACAGGUCUGUCAUACAAUCUCAAUAUGCUUAACAUUAACACUUGCUAUUUGGCGAUACAUAGCUGUAGCGCAUCCUCAAAAAAAUCACGAAUGGUGUAGUCAAAGGAGAACGAUAAUAGCGAUCGUAGGUGCUUAUCUGUUCUGUCCUAUACUAUGUAUACCAUUAUACAUAACGACCGAGGUAAGAUCGCAAAUCGAAUUAUUGGAUGAGAAUGGAAUGAACGUUAAUAUGACCAACGUACAAAAUAAUAAUUAUUGGAAUUAUAGUAUAUAUAAUAAUACAUCGAAUACGACCCUUUAUUUCGUUAAAUUAAAGGAAACUCCGAUGGUCAAUGGUAUGCUAAAAGAAAUGAACUUUUGGAUCUACAGCGUCGUUAUCAAAUUAAUACCAUGCAUGGUCCUGACCAUUUUAAGCAUUAAAUUGGUCAUCGUAUUGCUCGAGGCUAAAGAACGUAGAAAGAAAUUGACUACUACCGCGUUGAAAACUAACGACGAAAGAUUGGCGGAUAAAGCUACGAACGAUCAAACAAAAAUGAAAAAGAAAAAGGCCAAUAGAAACAUGGAGAAGGAAAGGCAAACGGAUAGAACGACGAUGAUGUUAUUAGCUGUUUUACUAUUGUUCUUGCUCACCGAAUUGCCCCAGGGUGUACUUGGUUUGCUCAGUGUCAUAUUAGGCUCAAGCUUCUUUCAUACGUGUUACGUUAUGUUAGGUGACGUAAUAGAUAUCCUAACACUGAUAAAUUCGGCGAUAAAUUUCAUCCUUUAUUGCACGAUGAGCCGUCAAUUUCGGACAACGUUUAAACAACUUUUCUGCAGCAAGUGGAGAAAUCUCAGUAGAUGGAUGCCCAUACCACAACAACCAAUGGAUAACAAUGGUAAUACGGGUGCAACAAAUCAUACUGUGACACAGGUCACGCAAGUCUAGCAACGAAGAAGAAACCGUCAAACAUAUUGCUAUCCGUUCUAAUUCAAUCCAAUCAACGACUUUCUCUAAGAAUUAAAUUCACGAAAACUAACUGAAGGAGAUAUAUAAUACUAUAUAUAUAUAUAUAUAGUAUUAUAUAUGAGCCGUUGAUUUUGAAAGUGGGGCAAGAACAUUUUAUGUCAUUGCCAGAUAUUUAAUGGUUUGCAUUGGAAUGACCUUGAAAAUAUGGGUAUGCAGUAAUAGACUUAUUUUAUAUUUCUUAUGAUCUUAUUUCAUUUAUAUUUAAAUAUGCAAUAAUGCUUAUAAAAAAAAAAUCAAUUAAAAUGAUUAUCAAAAAAUUAUCAAAAAU